GGACCCCCGCGCCCCAGCCGCUCUUCGCGUCCCCAGCCCUGCAGCCCCCGUCUCCGGGGCUCCGGUUCUGGGCCCACCUCGCCCUCUCCACCGGCUCCUCCCCUCACCCUCUGCUCCUGUGUCUUUCCUUCUCAGUGCCCCUCUGCCCCCCUCCUUUGCCACAGCGUCUCACCCUCCCCCUGGCCCGCGGCGUCCCUCUUUCUGCUUCUGGGUCCUCUCUAUCUCGGGCCCUUUAUCCCUACCCCUCCCCGUCCUCUUCCUUUUCUGCUCUCCCCUCUCCUCUCCCCGACUCCGAUCUACUUUUGUUGGAGCCCCCUACUCCCAGGCUAGGGGUGGGGACCGUGCUGGGAGAGGUCGGGCUCUCCAGGCUGCUGGACAAGCGAUUGGCUUUUUGAGAGAGAGAAGGAGACAGGAGAGGAGCUGAGCACCGGCUUGGGAGGGUGGGGACAGGAACAUGGCAGGAGGUGAGGACCCGCUUCAUAGAGGGUGAUGAACAGCAGGAGCAGUUGGAUCCAACUUCAGGGCUCUGGAGAAGUUUGAAGAGGAAGUCAAAGAGCGUCAGGGAUGAGACAGACGAAGAGCCUGGGCCACUAAUACGAUGAGCUACCCCACUACCCAGGCAUCGUGGACGGGACAGCAACCCUGGCAGGCUUCUCUGAGACAGUGCCCUCUGCACCCCGGGGCCCUGGGCCCUACGGCCCCCACCGGCCUCCCCAGCCCCCGGCCCCAGGCUUGGACAGUGACGGCCUGAAGAGGGAGAAGGAUGAGAUCUACGGUGGCUCCACACCCCCCUCAUGAGCUCCGCCCUCCUGCCUCCCUCAGACACCCGCUCUUCCCACUGCUGGCCUUGGUCUUUGAGAAAUGUGAGCUGGCCACCUGCUCACCCAGAGAUGGGGCCAGCGCUGGGCUGGGCACACCCCCCAGCAGCGACGUCUGCUCUUCUGACUCCUUCAACGAGGACAUUGCGGCCUUUGCCAAACAGAUCCACUCCGAGAGACCUCUCUUCUCCUCCAACCCAGAGCUGGACAACCUGAUGAUCCAGGCCAUUCAGGUGCUCCGGUUCCACCUGCUGGAGCUGGAGAAGGUCCACGACCUGUGCGACAACUUCUGUCACCGCUACAUCACCUGCCUCAAGGGAAAGAUGCCCAUCGAUCUGGUCAUCGAGGAUCGGGACGGCGGCUGCAGGGAGGAUCUCGAGGACUAUCCAGCCUCCUGCCCCAGCCUCCCAGACCAGAAUAACACAUGGAUCAGAGACCAUGAGGACAGUGGGUCUGUCCAUUUGGGGACUCCGGGUCCAUCCAGCGGGGGCUUGGCCUCUCACAGUGGGGACAACUCCAGCGACCAAGGAGAUGGGCUGGACACAAGCGUGGCCUCUCCCAGCUCUGGGGGAGAGGACGAGGAGCUGGACCAGGAGCGGCGGCGGAAUAAGAAGCGAGGGAUCUUCCCCAAGGUGGCGACCAACAUCAUGCGAGCCUGGUUGUUCCAGCACCUCUCGCACCCGUACCCCUCAGAGGAGCAGAAGAAACAGCUGGCACAGGACACGGGGCUCACCAUCCUGCAGGUCAACAACUGGUUCAUUAACGCCAGGAGACGCAUCGUGCAACCCAUGAUCGACCAAUCCAACCGCACAGGGCCAGGCGCCGUCUUCAGCCCCGAGGGCCAGCCCGUGGCAGGCUACGCUGAGACUCAGCCGCAUCUGACUGUCAGGCCACCCGGCUCAGUGGGCAUGAGUCUGAACUUGGAAGGAGAGUGGCAUUACCUAUAGAGACGGAGUUCAGGAGACUCCAGCCUCCAGAUGUGACCACAGCCUGUGCCCAGUUGGUCCCUGCCAGGCCCUCUGCUUCAGGACUCCAGCUCCAAAGGCCCCUCCACUUAAUGCCUACCUCCCUGGGGCCUCACUGGGACAUGGGGGACCUGAGCAUCCACUUGAGGGUCUCUCAAGGACACAGACAAGACCUCCAGGCCCUGCACCCACUUCUGCCUUCACCUUUGCCUGGGACCUGAGAGCCUGGGCAUGGUCCGCAGAAGAUGGUGGCCAGGGCCCACCUCCAGGACAGAGAAGGGACUGGGAGUGGGCUGGAGCCAUCGGGGAAGGGGGUCACCCGGAUCCGACAUUUGGGAGCGAUUCCUUCACCCUCUCACCCCAUCCCCCCUCCGCCUCCCCCUCCCCCUUCUCUGAUGUCUUCUAC